AUGGGUACUACGUUAUUAUAUCCUUCAUUCAAAAAUUUUGAUAUCAGUCCUGAUUUGCAUGCAAGCGCUAUUGAUUUAACAAAGAAAGAACAACUGAAGCGUCAUCUCUCAGUAUCAUCUAUCACCUGUAAAACAAAUAUGAAAUCACAUUUACAACAUAAAUUGAAAUUUCCAACGCUAUUUACUAUGGUACAAGAUUUUUAUGCUAUACCGGCAUCGAAUAUAAUCAUUGAGCGACUGUUUUCGUCAUCAAAGAAUACAGUUACGGAUAAACGUACUAGUCUUGAAGCAGAAAAAGUAAACGAGUUAUUAUUUUUACAGAAAAUUUUGAAUUUAUUGAAACAAAUUUGUAAACCACAAGUAGUUAACGAAACUGCUUCAACUGAAACGAAACGAAAGAUAAACUUUGAGUCAUCUUGCAGUACAUCAUGUGAUGAUCAAGAACAAUUAGCAACUACAACAGUAAAAAAGAAGCCAAAGGUGAACGAAGAAAAUGGUAUUCUUUGUUCAGAAGAUGAUAAAGAAAAUGAUGAAAUAGAUUGUUUUUAG